CCAACUCAAGUCUUCACAUUAGAAAUUCAAAAACUUCUUUUUCCUCAUUCUUCACAUUUUCUUUCGAAGAAAACACCAAGGAAAGGCAAUGGCAAUUCGUCUGCCUGGUGCUGCUAAGCAUAUCCUCCGCCGGUCUGCUCUGACUGCAAACAAAAGAUGUUCAACUUCUUUAGAUGUACCAAAGGGGUUCUUUCCGGUUUAUGUUGGAGAAUCCCAAAGGAAGAGAUUUCUGGUUCCUCUGUCCUUCUUGAACCAACCUUUGUUUCAAGAUUUGCUAAGCAAAGCUGAAGAAGAGUUCGGUUAUGAUCAUCCAAUGGGAGCUGUCACAAUUCCAUGCCGUGAAGAUGCGUUCUUGGAUGUCACUUCUCGCUUGAAUUGAUCAUGAGAGAAGCCAACUAACAAAUUUUGUACAUCAAGGAAAGCUAAUUCAAUGUAAAUAUACAUUUUUUCCCUUUGUUUUUUAGCCAAAAAAGGCUUUUGUCAAGGGGAAGAAAAAUUUACCCCACGGAUGCAAUACAAAUUGUUCCCUUUUCCAUAAUGGAGACAUACUUUAAUAUUUCCUCUCAA